AAAGACAAGAGUGCUCAGUUCGGUACGUGUUCAAUGUGUUUUACAUCAUGAGAGAUCAAUGAAGGUGCUUAUAUGCUGUACAUCAUGAGAGCAGGUGGAUGUGAUCUGCUGUAAAUCAGUAGGAACUGAUCUGUCCAUGCUGGAUAUUGAUGAUUUCAUCACAGAAAUCUCUCAGCUGAAGAAAGAGGUGACGUCACUGAAGACAAAACUGAUGGAGAGAGACGACAGGUUACAGGAGCUGGAAAAGGUUUCCUGUCAAUCUUCAGUGUGUGUGACUGAUGGGACCUCCACAGAAUGUCAGGAUUCAGUGUGGAGCGGCAGAGAUCAGUCCACACCACAGCGACUGCUGGACAAACUCUCUGAACAGAGAUCCAGAGACACACAGGACUCACAGCUCACUUUACUCUGUUCUACUGACGGUAAUCAGGGUGAUCAAAUCUCCACAGAGUGUCAGACUUCUGUCUGUAAUGCUGGAGAACAACAGAUGCUGCAGAUACCAGUGAAGAAUGAAGUGAAGCUGGAGGAGAUAAAAGAAGAAAUCACAGCAGAGGAACAACAGAGAGAAGAAGAUGAUUUUAUUUCUUCAGAGCUGAUGGAAUUAGAAGGAAAAAGUCAAGAACAGAAUGAAGUGGAGGAGAAACUUCAGUGCCGGAAACAUCAUGAUCUAAUAAAUGUUAAGGAAUCUUUCAGUUGUUCAAAGACUAAAAAUAAUUUCUCACUGAAAAAGCCUCAAAGAAAAACACCCAAAAAUGUUUUUACCUGCUCUCAAUGUGGAAAGAGUUUCAGAUAUAAAACCUGUCUUAAUAUACACAUGAGAAUUCACACAGGAGAGAGACCUUACCCAUCCCAUCAGUGUGGAAAGUGUUUCACAGAUGCAUCCUAUCUACAUAAACAUCUCCACAUUCACUUUGGAGGAAGAGCAUUUCAAUGUGAAAAGUAAAAAAACAUCUGAAAACGCACAUAAAUGAGAAGCCUUACAAGUGUUCUUUUUGUGGAAAGAGCUUUGCAGGCCGGUUCUAUUUGAAAGAGCACCAGAAAGUUCAUACCAGCAUGAGUGCUCAUAUGGGCUUUGAAUGUAGUAAGACCUUUAUUACAGCCGGCAGAUUGAAACAGCACCAAAUAAUUCAUAGUGGAGCAAAACCUUACAAGUGCUCACACUGUGAAAAGAGUUUCACUCGGUCAGUAUGCCUUAAAGAACAUGAGAUAAUCCAUGUAAUCCAUACGUUAGACGCAUCUAAUUAUUGUGAUGACUCCACCACCAGAUGGCAACACCUUUAAACAUUAGACUAGAUGCAUGCAUUGGCUGUAUUAGACAUUCGAAGUUACAGAGACACUUACAAUGGAAGUGAAUGGGGCCAAUUUUUAGAGUGUUUAAAUGCAGAUAUGUGAAGUUUAUAUUUUUAUAAAAAGCACUUGCAUUUAUUCUUCUGUAUUAUUUCAGCUAUAAAGUUGUUUAACCCUUGUGUUGUGUUCAUUUUGCUUACACCAUUUGUGUUCUCUGUCAAAAAUG